UAUUGAUAUAUAAAUCCAAAACAACCGAAUAAAAAUUAGUUCUUUUAAAAUAAUCAAAAUGACUAAUAAUAGUUCUCAAUUUUUAUACACUCCUAUCUGGGGGUCAAAAUUUAAAGUACGCGGGAUUCCGGAUAAAGAUGGUACGAAUAUAGGAAUUAACCUAAUACAUCAUGUAUCUAAUCAACACAUAUUUCACCUAAAUUUUCAUUAUACCAAAAAUUUCAUCAUUUUUGAUACUAUGGAUAUAAAUAAUAAAUGGGAAAGGCAAGAACGCGCUGGAGAUAGUCCUGUUCGGCCAGGAAUAGAAUUUGAAGCAGAAAUUACAUGUAACAAAGAAGAGUAUAUUUUGACGAUUAAUGGGACGUGGACUCAUAAAUUUAAACACAGACAUAAUUAUUUACAUGCAGAUCGUUUAACAAUUGUUGCUAAUAUUGUUUUGUUGGAAGUAGUUCCGAAUGUAAUUACUCCAGAGCCGUGUUCAGUACAAGUGUCAAAAUAAAAUAUUUAAUCGUAA